AUGGAAUAUGCAAUUAUUUUACACAACAUUGAUUUUGUUACAUUCUUGAUGAAUGAAUACAAUUUAGAGAUAGAAUUAUAUCAAAGCUGCAAUUAUAAAAAUCUUGAAUCAUUUUUAGUUUAUUUUGAUCAAACAAAUGAUAUUGACUCUUGCUAUGUUUAUUCAAAUUGGUUCCAUAUUCCAUCGCUUAGCGAAUAUUUCUUUUCACUUGGCGCAAAUAUCAAUGCAAAAGAUUUUAUUGGAUACACAGCUCUUCAUAUUGCUGCAACUCUUAAUAGAAAAGAAUUGGCAGAGCUUCUUCUUUCACGUGGUGCAAAUAUCAAUGUGAAAGAUAAUUUUGGAAAAACCACUCUUCAUAUUGCAGCAAUUCACAAUAAUAAAGAAAUUGUCGAACUUUUCAUUUCAAAUGGUAUUAAUAUCAAUGAAAAAAAUAAAGAUGGAGAAACUGCGCUUUAUCUUGCGGCAGUAAAUAAUAGCAAAGAAAUAGUGGAACUUCUUAUUUCACAUGGUGCAAAUAUCAAUAAUAAAAAUUGUAUUGGACAAACCGCUCUUUAUAUUGCGGCAUAUAAAAAUAACAAAGAAAUAGUCAAAUUUCUUGUUUCACAUGGUGCAAAUAUCAACGAGAAAAAUAAAUAUGGAGAAACUGCGCUUUAUAUUGCGGCAGAAAAUAAUAGUAAAGAAACAGCUGAACUUCUUAUUUCACAUGGUGCAAAUAUCAAUGAGAAAAAUAAUUGCGGAAAAACAGCUCUUUAUAUUGCGGCAUAUAAAAAUAACAAAGAAAUAGUCAAAUUUCUUGUUUCACAUGGUGCAAAUAUCAAUGAGAAAAAUAAAAAUGGAGAAACUGCUCUUCAUGUUGCAAUUUCUAAGAAAAACAAAGAAACAGCCGAAUUUCUUAUUUCACAUGGUGCAAAUUAG